UGCCUUUACCGUGAUCCUCACUAUGAUUGGCUGCUCAGAGCUGAUGGCUACGGAGGGACGUAGGGUGCUAGGUCACGUGCUCACACAGUAGCCGGCGGGUCCGUGAGCGUUGGGUCGGCUGCCUCGUGCCGGAGCCGGGCUCUGCGAGGCGCUGUCCGGGGCCCGUCCGCCAUGUGCUCGGUAGCGAUGCUGAGCGUCCUGCGCAGCGACUCCUACGUGGAGCUGAGUCAGUACCGGGACCAGCACUUUCGGGGUAACAGAUAUGACCAGGAGCGACUGCUGAAAAAGAGCUGCACCCUGUAUGUGGGGAAUCUCUCCUUCUAUACAACAGAAGAGCAGAUCUAUGAACUGUUUGGUAAAAGUGGGGAUAUAAAGAAAAUCAUUAUGGGCCUGGACAAAGUGAAGAAAACUGCUUGUGGCUUCUGUUUUGUUGAAUACUACUCAAGAGGAGAUGCUGAAAAUGCAAUGAGAUACAUCAAUGGGACACGGCUUGAUGAUAGGAUCAUCAGGACAGAUUGGGAUGCAGGUUUUAAAGAGGGCAGACAGUAUGGUCGUGGAAGGUCAGGGGGUCAGGUCCGAGAUGAAUAUCGGCAGGACUAUGAUGCUGGGAGAGGAGGUUAUGGCAAAGUUGUUCAACCCCAGUGAAUAUUGAAUGACCCAUCAGCAUCACAGGAGAACUGUAGCUGCAUCGUGGUAAAUCUUAUGAUGAGCAGCGAAGGACGUCUGUUGCACAUGAAUGUUGUUUAGGUAACUGAGACUUAGAAGAUUUUUUUUCAGUGUUGCUGAGAUCGUUAAAUAUAUUCAGUGUCUCUUCCAUUUUUCAAGACCAGUUACAAAAUCAGGAUCAAAGCUAUACUUUAUGUUGUAGGGUAGAUUGAUAGAAUAUAAUGAAGAUCUGGGAGUAAAACUUAUAGCACUGAUUCACAUGAGACAUAUGUGAUUGCUAACUGCUGCUUUUUUUAAUGUUUGAAGUGUUAUACUAGACUGAGCCAGAAUUCUUUAACAGUAUGUUGAUUUCUUUCAUAUAUCCAAAAUCUGAUACACAGGCAUCAGGUUUUUUUUGUUUACAUUAGUAGUGAAGGGGGUGGGUGGGUAAGAAUGGGUUGUGUACCAAACAUAAAAAUUAAGAGGAGAGAAAUAGUUAUUUUUUUGGUAAAAUACAGAGAAGGUCCAGAUUUCUCUGAAAGGUGUAUUUGACUAGCAAGAAAUAAGAUGUCUUUUUUUUUGGUAACAGCUAGCAAACAUAUGAAGGGCACACCUGAACAAACUCUUUACCCUGGGGUUAUCUCUCUGUUCAUCAAAGUGAUAGGAGCAUAGCAGCUAACUGAAGACCUGGCCCAUAUGUAUUUCCACUAAGAGUAUAGUAUGUAUGAGGUCUGAUACCCAAUAAUAUCUGUAGUGUGUGUAUAUUAGAGGCUGUCACUUUGAUACUGUAAACCAGGUGGUGUGAAGUUCCCUUAUCCAGUGGGUGGGAAGGGGGACUGCUGUAAGCAAGGGGAAUGUAGAGAACUGAGAGUUUAAAAAUUGGUGCUAGAUGGUAUUUGCUACCUCUGUAAACUUGGCAACACUCUUACUUUUUUAUUUUUUUAAGGGUUGCUCCUGUAUCAGUUUUCUCCAAUAAAAGGGGUUUGUUAGUAAUUUUAUUAUGUGGAUGAAUUAUUUUCCCUAUUCCUCCACAGAUGGGAGAAUUUGCAUGGUUACCUCCAAAAGGUGGAUGUCUAAGGAGACAGGGUAUUGUAAAAGAAAAGGAAAGUAGUUCUGAAAGGGUGUGAGUUUUGUCUUCUAUUUCAGGCUAGAUUCAUUCCUGCUUAGGUUUCAAAUAACAAGCAAACUGGCAAAAGCCAAGGUUCAAACUCCAGCCCUACCUCGGAGUCCAUUAUGCAUCUGAUGAGAAAUCAUAUAGUGACUCUAGAACUUUAUGUAUGAGUUUCGCGGCUUGUGUCAAAACCGACUGAAAUGAUUGUAUAGUAGUAUGGACUCUUUAAAGUAUUAACUGAUGCUCAAAAUGUUCAAAACCUGGAAAUUUCAACAAUGUCAAGUUCAGGCUUCCCUGGCUUUGCUUGAGGACUUGGGAAUCUUGAGAGAUGUAUAUUGAGUCUAAACACCUUAAUCCGGCAGUGUUGAAGACUCAUCUGCCUAAAAACUUCUUCCUCUCUCAAAUUGUUCAGCCCCCUGGACACUUACCUAAUUUCAUUAAUUCUGCUUUUCUAAUCAUAAUAUUAGGGACUGACAAUACCUGCAUUUAUGUAAAGAGAAAGCAUAACUUAUUCCUUUUCUUAAAAUAUAAAACCUUUUCAGGCCUUCAUGUGAAAGGUAUAAGCCUACUAUUUUUCUUUUUACAUCACCUGUAAAGAAGGGUAAAAUGAGCUGAGUGAUGAGCUUUAAUCAGACUUUCUAAGUAUCUUACAGGUACCUCUAUGCAUCAUGUUUCAGACCCAUUACUUUAAUUAAGUUAUAGGUACAAUGAAGUAAAAUGCACAUCCAUCAUCUUAUCGUCACAUCUAAGAGAAUUUAAAAUGGUGUAUUUCUAACCUUCUCCUGUCAUGGAAGGUACUGUAAAUGUUUAGUACCGGGAUCUUUGAUUGGGGAAAGUCCUAUAAACAGAAUGAGUUAAUCUAGGGUUUUUUUUCUUACCUAAUGAGGCACGUGUCUGAGCAGAUCUGUCUACCACUUGCUCUGUAACAUGUCCAGUAGCAAUUUUCAGAAGCAUAAUCUGUGAUUGCACAAGUUUUAUGAAAAGAUUGUCUAUUGUCAAAACCACAAACUACUUUCAAAUAAAGCUGCACUACUCAAAUUGAUUUGUUUUUAGAUUGUCAUUUGUGCCUUAACAGAAGCAGCGGUGGGAAUAAAGUAACUACACUUUGCACAUUCUUAGCCAAAUGCCUUGUUUGGGCUGUCUCCAUGUGUAAUUCACUAAAUUAUGGAAGAAUAACACACUGGAGCAGUGAAUACUCUCCUAUCGCUUAAUUAAGACACUGUCUCACAACUAUACCCACUUGUUAACAGAUCCUGAAUGACAAUAUAACAAUGUAA